AUGUCUUUGGCUUCUUGCACACAACAAGCCAUGUCAACAGCCCCACCCUAUGCAUCUGCCCAGACCUGGAAGUUACUGACUGAACUGUUAGCACUUCUUGCACCUCUUUGGCACUCUUUAUCAAAGAAGCAGAAAGCUACAUCAGAAAAUAAACUAGGCUUUCCAUACAUCCAGAAACUUCCGGACAUGCCAGGAAACUGGACUCCUAAAAUGGCGCCUUGA